AAAAAUCCAAAAACACCGUCGAUCAUAUGUUGUUUGUUGCGGAGUCUAUUAGCGGACUGGAGCACCUCUCACGAUCUUGCAAAAGCGUGCAAAACGGUCCAAAAAUACAAUCCACCCGAAUAGUUCUUGCUGGCAGGCGUCACGCGGACUGUCUCCAUUCUUGAGAGCAAACCGCGAAGGAGCUACCCUGCGCGCUCUCCAAGUGUACGAGCGAGAAGAGCGAUGCGAUCGUGCUCAGUCAAGAUCAGUGGUGAGUCUCCGGAUUGGGUCCCAGCUCGUGCGCAGCUACGUCGCGCGUUAGUUUAUGCUGCGCAACCGGUUAACUAGGAAGCUCGGAACGACCGUAAUGAGUUCGGUUCGCGUGGUGCUGUGCUGUGCGCUUUAGGAUGGACAGUGCGGUUGUCCUGGUGAUCGUGGCGCUGAUCGUGCGUAGCGCUCCUGCCGGUGAGGCGCUACGGAGCUGGACGAGGUGUGAAGUGGCGCGUGAGCUGGCGCUUAAGCACGUCCCGGAAGAACAGAUCGGUGAUUGGUUGUGCAUCGCCGAGCAGGGUUCAGGUUACAAUGGGUCGGCCGUUAAUUUGAGGUUCAAGCGCUUUGGUGGCAGUGGAUAUUAUGGGCUGUUCCAGAUAAUCGACCGGUACGCGUGUGCAAAGUAUGGUUCGAUCUGUGGCCUGUCGUCGUGCGACGAUCUGCUAGACGAUGAGCUGGACGAUGAUAUUGAGUGUAUGUUGAAGAUCCACGCGGCGUACGUACGGGAGUUGGGCGAUGGGUUCGCCGCUUGGCCGAUCUAUAAAAGCGCCUGCCGUGCGGAGGAAAGCGAAACUUGGCCAAGGUCGUUGAGGGCGAGAGUUCCUUACGGCGAUUGUCUCGAUGAGGAAGUGGUACGGGUUCAGGCGUACUUUAAGCGGAAGAGAGCGAAGGCGAAGAAAGCGAACCUCGUUCUAGCGCCCACGGGGAAGGUGUAUGAACGAUGUGAACUAGCGACGGAACUGCGUGAUCGACAUCGGAUGCCGCUGGAGCAGAUUGCAAGCUGGGUGUGCAUUGCGUACCACGAGAGCCGUUUCAAUACUUCGGCCGAAGGUCGCCUAAAUGCGGACGGGAGUGGUGAUCAUGGACUGUUUCAAAUCAGUGACAUCUACUGGUGCUCUACCGAUGCAAACCGGCCGGGCAAAGCGUGUCGCGUUACGUGCAACGCCAUGAAGGACAACGACAUUACGGACGAUGUACGGUGCAUAAAGAUGAUCUACGAGGAGCAUCAGCGAAUUUCGGGCAAUGGGUUUAACGCGUGGACAGUGUACAAACCGUACUGUGAGGGACGGGAAGCAAGCUUCAUGCACAACUGCUUCGAGCAAGAGGAACGCUUCCCAACCACACCCAACAAACCACGGCCAGGAAUUGUGGCUCCAACGGUUCCGGCGAAGGCGUUACCCUCCGCCGACAUCGGUAAGGUGUACGAUCGUUGUGAGCUGGCAAACGAUCUGCUGCACAAGUUCCACUUGCCAAAGGAGCAGGUGGCAACAUGGGUGUGCAUUGCGUACCACGAGAGUCGCUUCAACACGUCGGCCGAGGGUCGUCUGAAUGCGGACGGGAGUGGUGAUCAUGGACUGUUCCAAAUCAGUGACAUCUACUGGUGCUCUCCACCGGGCAAUGGAUGGGCUUGUGGUGUUAGUUGUGACGCGCUGAAGGAUUCCGACAUUACCGACGAUGUACGGUGCGUGCGAACGAUCUACGACGAACAUCAACGCUUGUCCGGAGAUGGGUUCAAUGCGUGGUCCGUCUAUAAACCUUACUGCCAAGGUCGUUCGGAUUCGUUUGUGAGGGGGUGUUUUGGUGGGGAAGAGGACGACCAGCAGCACCCGGUCACCGUACCCCGACCUGCCAUUACAGCUCCAACAAGUGUACCGCGUGCACGAGCGUCACCCGGCAAAGUGUUUGAUCGAUGUGAGCUAGCUCAGGAACUGCAUCUUCGGCAGGGCCUUUCCCUGGAGCAAACAGCGAGCUGGGUGUGCAUAGCGAAGUACCAAUCGAACUUCAACACGUCCGCGAUCGGGACCGGACCGGACGGUGUCCAGUACCAUGGGAUGUUCCAGCUGAGCGACGAGUACUGGUGCUCCCCGCCGGGCAGAGGCUGGGUGUGUGGACUCACCUGCGAGCAGUUGCGUGACGGUGACAUCACAGAUGAUCUGGCUUGCAUGCGACACAUCUACGAGGAACAUCAGCGCAUUUCCGGCGAUGGGUACAAUGCCUGGGCCGUGUAUCAACCGUACUGUCGGGGUAAAAGUGCCACACUGCUCGAUGGAUGCUUCGAGGAAGGUGAAAACGCGAUCGUUCCCACGCCACCGACCACUCGUCGUCCGGUAUCGCCGCCGAAGAAUUUCCCUCGCGGGAAGGUGUACAGUCGGUGCGAGCUGGCUCAGGAGCUUUACUACCGCCACGGGCUACCGUACGAUCAGAUCGCUACGUGGGUUUGCAUUGCCCAUCGUGAGUCUAACUACAAUGUAUCGGCGAUUGGACGGCUGAAUGCGGAUGGCAGUGAAGAUCAUGGCCUGUUCCAGAUAAGCGAUAUCUACUGGUGUUCUCCACCGGGCAAGGGAUGGGUUUGUGGACUGUCCUGCUCCGAUCUGGAGGAUAACGAUCUGACCGAUGAUGUCGAGUGUAUGAGGACGAUCUACGAGGAACACACACGACUGUCGGGCGAUGGUUUCAAUGCUUGGGCCGUGUAUCGACCUUACUGUAAGGGACGCUCCGAUCACUACAUCGAUGGGUGCUUUGAGGAGGCGACGACGACAACCACGAUCACGACGAUUCCUACCACAACUGCCACCAGUACCACCAAGCGCACGACGGCAAGGUCAUGGGCAAGUACAACAAAGUUGCCACGAUGGAGUACGAUCCCCACCACCAGCCGGGCUACCACCACCAGGGCCAAGACGUCUAGCAGUCAGUGGCAGACAGCAAGAACGACUCCUACCAACCUACCAAUCACCACCACAGCACGAAGUUCCUCUCCACGGUCCACCACAAGCUUGUACGAAUUUUAUCUCAACAACUUCGGACGACGUCCGGCCAUCACCACUGCCAUGCCGGUGUACACGUUCAAACCGUUUGCCUCCCGGCAGCGUGCCACGAUCACUGCCACCGUCGACAGUGCAACGACAACGACCAGCUCACCGCCAGUCAGCACCACCAGGUUUAGUGACUUUAACCGUUGGUUCCAGGACGGUUAGACGACUCGAAGUAGCUCCUGUGACAGGUAGCACAUCGUUCAGAUAACACUUGCAGCAAGGUGACCGUUAACAAUUCUUCACAAACUCCUGCAUGUGAUCGCGUUUCGGUUCGGACGAAAAUAAAUGCUCUCCCUCCUGUAAGAACAAA